GUUGUUUUUAUUUCAAGCCUGAGACUUUCAACUUUAACACCAGCAUAAUCUGUUGCAGCAAGCCCAUUCCAGUGGACUGAUAUGGAAAGUGCUACUUUAAAAAGAAAAUGGGUCAGCAGCGAUAAGAGAUGUUCGGCUGCAGGGAGGGCAGCCCUGGUACAGUCCGUCCCCGGCAGUGUUUGGGCUCCUGCUGUAUAAUUGAUCAGACCGCUGGGUGUGAAUGGCCGCUCCCUCGCAGCCAAUGGCUGAGCACCGGAUGCGAGAUAUCCGCUGCAACAACAAGCGCUCUGUUCCCCCUUCAGCUUGACGCCAUUUACAGCCCAAAUCCCGACCUCCCCUCCGGAAAGAGCAAAAAAAAAAAAAAAAAAAAACACACACACGAGAGAAAAAAGUACUUGCAAACCCCUCAGAGCCUUGCGGAUAAAACACACCGAUUUAAAAGUACUUCUGAGCCGGACUUUUUCUCCGUCUUUCCCCCCUCCUCGCUGCAGCACCGGAGGAAGUUUUGCGCUCCGCCGGUCACCGACUGAACUUCUCGCCUGGUUUAAUGCCUCGUGCUCUGGCGCAAAAAAACACGGGAUUUACGUCUUAGCGCCGCUUUCUUGUUUUUUUUUUUUUUUUUUUUUUUUCUUCGCAAAAGUGCGCUGCGGUUCGGAGACCUUUUUUUUCCUCAAUGGACUUUCUACCGACGUUUUCCCAGACUGAGUCGCCGCUGUAGGGGGAGUAAAACUCUGCUCAAACUGGAUUUAUAUCACCUAGACGGGGGCUAAAGUGUCGAAAACACGGACUUCAGAUGUGUCCCAUGCCAGCCAGAGCGGCCCUUCAGUCCCGAGAUGGAUUCCAGAAGUCAGAGCGACAGCGACGGGGGAGGAGGACUCCACGGGAGGUCACCGGCAUCGACGGACUCGCAGGACGUGCCGCAUGACGAAGGGAGACCGCAACCACGGCCUCCGCAAACCCACGAUGCUCCAUCAGAUCCUGGGUUGACCAACGGGCAGCCGCCUCAUACUCCGGCAGUGCUAUCUCUGGAUCAGAUCAGGAUAACUGGGAGUAGUAAUGAGUAUACAGAAGGGCCCACAGUGGCCCAAAGGUCGCCUGCAUCUGAGCAUCGGCAACAGAAGAGUGACUUGAAUACGUCACCCAGUUCAAGGACCAGUGAGCAGCAGGAGACUCCGGAAGAGAGGCCUAAUAAUCUCCGCAACCUGCCUUCAGUGAUUCAGUAUGGAAACACAGACAGUUCCAGGGAAGGCGUGCUGCGAUCCUCCAGUGCAGAGGACUCCCAGAGCAGCAUCAGGACCAGCGUGGGGAGCUCUUCUUCUGGCCAGAGGCUCCUCAGCAGCCCUGCAGGCAGCAACCAGAUAAUCAGAACCCAGCCGAAACGUGCAGAGCUUAGCACAGAGGAGCUGAAACCCCUGAACAAUGAGUCCAGGGCUGUGGUGGCCGUGCCAGGCAGCGGAGGCUCUAAAAAUCACCGUAUACACUCCAACAAGUGCGAGGACUGCGGUCGGUGCUGCUGCUCAGAGUGCAGUCGCCCGCGGGUGCUUCCUUCCUGCUGGAUGUGUGGUCGUCGGUGCAUGUGCUCAGCGCACAGCGUGGUGGAGAACGGGACGUGCGUCUGCUGCAUCAAGGGGCUUUUCUACCACUGCUCCAGCGACGACGAGGACACGUGCGCCGACAAGCCCUUCUCCUGCACGCAGCCGCACUGCUGCGUGCGCUGGACCACCGUGUCGCUCCUCGCCCUGCUCUUCCCCUGUCUCCUGUGCUACCUCCCAGCUAAAGGAUGUGUGGCUGUGUGCCAGUGCUGCUAUGACCGAGUCACACGACCCGGCUGUCGGUGUUAAAAUGCAGAAGGAUGGAGAGACUCCAUGUUGACUGAACUGAUAGAUGUUUUUUGGCCCUGUAGUCGUCUAGUCGAAAGGUUGGAUUAGAGAGCUAAUGAUGCUGUGUGCUUGAGUUUUUGUGUUUGCCAUCGUCAUGCCCAUCAGAUCUGGGCUGGGAAAAAGUGAAAUUUUGCCUUAAACUUGUCAAACAGCCUUAGUAGUUGACAGAUAUUCUGGUAGAGGCACUGGAGGUGCGUCAGCACACCCUGGCAUUAUGAGUUUCACUUUAAACCAAAAUAAGCGCUCCACAUGUUAAAAGGUAUGAAUAUUCAACUACUGUUUCAUUUCUUCACUCAAGUGCCCAGAUGUGGUGUUGUUGCUAUGAGAGUCCAAAUGGAUAGCCUUUUUUUCUAACAUUUAAUACAACUUAUAUGCUAAGAACAGACUCCUAUUACUAACUGUAUGUAAAGUAGUAAAUGCAAAGGGUAUGUACAUUAGAAAAUGAGUUUGACAGAUGUUUUAUUUUUGUACAUAUAAUAAUACUUCAACUGUGAAAAAGUUUUUUCUGCCAUACCAGAGGCACCUUGAUGAAUCCACAUUUAUAUGAAUCAGUCAGCCUCAUUCACACCAUGUUUGUACAUUCACUGCAAUGUAUGUCAAUCAUUUUGUCAUUUACAAAGGAAAAGUCUUAUCCCUUCUACUUGUAAAUUGUACAGUGACCUUAUAUGAAAAAUUUAUUUUCUAAUUCCAACAUUUGCUUAGUGUAAAGUUAAAAAAAUAUAUAUUUAUUUGAAGGUUUAUUAUUUUAUAAUGAAAAAUAUUUAUUUUGAGAAAAAGGCAUCGUUAAUGUGUCACCUCUCGCGGGGCUAUUCUGUAGUGGCUGGAGAUAUCUGAGGUGACGUGUAGGAGUGUCAAAGCUGGAUGAAUAGUUCACUAUGAAUUAGAAGACAAAUAUAUUAACGUUUGAAAUUAAACAACCUUGAAGUCUGA